UAUGGGCGUAUUAUAUUUACUACACGCUAGAAAACAAGAUAUUUAAUUAGUAUUGAUUGUCAUUUAUAUGUGCUUAAAUAAAACAGAUGAAGUAGAGAUGAAGUGAAGUAGAGACCAAUAUUAUAAUUAGUGUAUAAUUAAUAGUUUUACAAAUAUAUGUUUUGCAUUUCAACGCAUACAAAUAAAGCCAUAGUACAAAGGGAGAUCAUUAAGUCAAAGAAAAAAAGACGGAUACAAUGGAGUAUGAAUGGUCUGAAGAAUCUCAAACUUCUUAUGACAGUAAUGGACGUAGUUAUGGAAAAGGACGAGGCUUUAUAUCACAUAACAAUAAUUGUAAUACUUGGGAUUCUAAAGGCUCAGAAAAUGUCAAGAAUGGGCAAUCUAAUACUGACCAACUUUGGCAAUCUAAUACUGACCAACUUUGGCAAUCUGAUACUGAUGAUUACAAAUUAACCAGUAAUGUAGAAAACGACGGAGAAGGAGGAGGAAAAGGUGGAGAAGAAGGAGAAAAAGGCGGAGAAGAAGGAGGAAAAGGUGGAGAAGGAGGCAGAGGUAGAGGCAGAGGCAGAGGGAAAGGCAGAGGCAAAGGAGAAGGAGGAAAGGCAGGAAGGGGAGUUGGUCGAGGAAGAGGUGGAUUUAAAAAUAGGGAUGGAAAUGAUAAUAAUGAUUACAGAAGAAAUAAUUAUGAAGAUGAUGCUGAUGCUGGUAAUCAGAAUGACCAAGAUGGUAAACCAAAAAAAAUAUUUCCUAUACAAGGCAAUUCUGGUACAGAAGUGCCACAGAAACCUAGAGAACGGUACAUUCCACCAGACUUACCCAGUGAUGAAAAAACCUUAUUCAAAAGUGGUGUUGAAAUGGGUAUAAAUUUUGAUAAGUAUGACUUUAUUGGUGUUAAAGUAACUGGAGAGGAUCCACCUCUGCCAAUAGAAUCUUUUGAAAAUAUUGGCCUUAGAUCCAUUGUUUUACAAAAUAUAAAAAAGUCUGGAUACACAAAACCUACUCCAAUACAGAAGAAUGCCCUUCCAAUUAUAAUGAGUGGUCGAGAUUUAAUGGCUUGUGCACAAACAGGUUCAGGAAAAACUGCUGCAUUUGCAAUUCCCAUUAUACAUUUGUUAUUACAAAGAAGUGCUCCUCUAGGGUUAUCCUCGUCAUACUGUGAACCACAAGCUGUUAUCAUAGCACCUACUCGAGAACUUACUAUACAAAUAUGGCAGGAGAUUGUUAAGUUUUCAUACAGUUCAUUUUUAAAGACUUCAGUUGCAUAUGGUGGAACAUCUGUUAUUCACCAAGGGGGAAAGCUUUCUGCAGGUUGUCAUGUACUUGUAGCAACACCUGGAAGGUUAUUAGAUUUUGUAGAAAGAAAAAGAAUUAAGUUUUCUUCCGUACAGUUUCUUGUAUUGGAUGAAGCUGAUCGUAUGUUAGACAUGGGGUUUUUACCUAAUAUUGAAAAGAUUGUAGAUCAUGAGACAAUGCCCACAAUUAAGAGGCAAACAUUAAUGUUUUCUGCCACCUUUCCUGAUGAAGUACAGCAUUUGGCAAAAAGAUUUCUAAACAAUUAUUUGUUCGUCGCAGUUGGUACCAUAGGUGGAGCUUGUGCAGAUGUGGAACAAAAUUUUUACGAAGUUGCCAGGGGUAAGAAGAAAGACUUACUUAAAGAAAUUUUACAAAGAGAAUACGAUGCUGGUACAUUACGAGGUACUUUGGUGUUUGUUGAAAUGAAGAAGAAGGCAGACUUUAUUGCAGUUUUCUUGUCUGAGAGUAAUUUUCCUACUACCAGUAUUCAUGGCGACAGAUUACAGAGACAAAGAGAAGAAGCAUUAGCUGAUUUUAAAAGUGGGAAGAUGUUUGUUUUGGUAGCUACAGCUGUUGCUGCUAGAGGUUUAGACAUAAAGAAUAUAUCACAUGUUAUAAACUAUGAUUUACCAAAGGGAAUCGAUGAAUAUGUUCAUCGAAUUGGAAGAACCGGUCGUGUAGGAAACCGAGGAAGAGCGACUUCCUUUUUCGAACCAGACGAUGAUGCACCACUACGUGACGAUCUUAUUAAAAUAUUGAAACAAGCAGAACAACCUGUUCCAAAUUGGUUGUACGGUGGAAGUGCGAACAGAAGCUAUAUGCCAGGAAGAGGCACAAGCAGAUAUGGAGGUGCAGACAUUAGAGAGGUGUGUAACUUUUAAUUAUGUCUCCAUUAU